UAUCUAUAUUAGUUUGUCAGAAUUGCUAGGAAGGGGAAAGAGAAGAUGAGUAUUCAGGACUUUGUCUUACUGGUUUUAACACUUUGCUCAAUACAAACACAAACACUUUCUGAUAACAUAGAUGGUGAAACGCUUGAGAAGAUUGGCCCAAACUGGGCAAAGGAAGACGAAAGGCCAAACAGGCUAGGAUAUUUAGAGUCAGUUUUGUCAGACUUAUCGCGGUAUGAAUUAAACAGAGCUAACGAGAACUCCUAUCAAGACAUUUAUAAGCGUCGUCCAGGUUGGGGAAAAAGGAGCUUUUCUGACGAUUUAGAACUAUAUAAAAGAAGACCAGGCUGGGGCAAAAGAGCAUACUCUAACGAUCUUGGAGCACUUGAAGAAAAAAGGGCCCCAGGGUGGGGCAAAAGAAGCUAUGAAUCCGAUAUGCCGAGUGAGAUAACUGGUGUUGACAGGAUGAAGCGCAGACCAGGCUGGGGCAAGAGAAGUGAAUUCGACGAAUUUGAAGCAACGAAAAGACGGCCUGGCUGGGGUAAACGAGCACCUGGUUGGGGAAAAAGGUCCAACGAUUGCCAAUCUAUAAUCAAUGAAAUUCGACUUUUACGAAUGAAAUUAUCAAUGUUAACGGACGACCUGCGUGACGCGUGUCCUGCUGUGCUGCUGGACGAAGAAGAAGGUAUCAACAACAGUUAGGAUUGCAAAGACCCGACAUAGAAAUGGAAGUGCGGACUCAGGGGAGGAUACUCUGUUAUAUAUUCACUGUAACUCAUAACUAGAGUCUAAAAUGUUCUUAUUUGACUAUAAAGGAAACGAAAUUUAAGACAAUUCUACACCAACAAUACAUUCAGAUCUUUUUUUCAAAAACUCAUUUUUUCAAAUAAUCAUAAUCAUAUAUAGUUUUACAUCAGUUACAUAUGUUGUCUAAAUUGUGUUUACGAUUAAAGUGUUUGGCUUUUCAUUCAUAAUGGUGUGAAAAGUGAUAUAAAAAACUAAGGAAGUCAAAAAAUUGAUUACUGGUACUAAACGUUGCUGUAUCUGACCCAGUGAAUUUAGAAUGUUGUUUUUUUGUUUGUUUUUUUUUUUUUUUUUGUUGUUACCUAAACACCUUAUGGUACUUUUGAGCCUUUCGACACCAAGAGAGUCAUAUGUCAGUAAGAAUAAACCAAUGUCUUUUCUAACAAAAUUCACAUUUAAAGGUGGACAAUCACAUUUGAGCAACAUUUAUGACAUUUUUCAUUUUUAGUAUAUUCUGUUAGAGAUUUAUUUAAGGAACAAAAAGAGUUAGAUCCUUUUUAGAAAUGUAUUUUUUUUUAUUUUUAUGGAAUUUUAUAAUUACUCCCAUUUGUUACGAAAGUUUUGAAAAAGUGGACUACUGCUUUUGAAUUUAAUAUUAUUUCUUAUUUUAAAUUUGCAUUCGAUAAAUAUUUGAAUAUGUCAACAAUUUGUUUUAAAACAAUGUCAAAUUUAUUGUGGUUACGCAACCAAGACAGGUAAUGGGAGCUAAUAAUAUUUUUACAAACUUGCAUUUCUAAUAAAUUUCGGCUAAAUAUAUAUUUGUCAAUGUAACGAUUUGACACAUAUACUACAAUAAUUCUUAUAUUUAUAUGUAUUCUUAGGUAAAGGAUCUUUAUUAAAACUACAUUGGUUGGGCAACCAGGACAGGGAAAUCAAAUUUUAAAAUACCUCCAGUAAAAUCCUACAAUAUAUUAAGCAGUCAAUGGACACAAAUAAGUGUAAAUGACCUUUUGUUAAACUAUCGCCCAAAUCCAUUACUUGAUCAAAAUCUGAUUAACCACCUUUAAAGUAGAAAAAGGAAGUGUUGGAAUGCAUUUUCUUUAUUUUGGUAAUCAAAAAACAUACUAUCGUUGACACAAUGAGCUAGGUCUCUCGGGAUCUGAGAAAUCUCUCACAGACAGAAAACAUACAAUUAAAACACGUCACAAACACUUUUCUGUUUCUAGAUACAUUUAUAUGGAGCGUAUUGCUUGAAACUUUGGUACACUUAUUUCGCAUUUAUUUACUUCGAUCGCAUAAGUGAAAUAUACACUUUCUGCAACAGGAAGUGGAAGUAAUUAGGAAUUGAAAAUAUUGACAUGUCAAUAAAAUCUGUGAAAAGAUCCUUUCGCAGCAUGGAGCGCAACCAAACAACAUAGUAGUAGACUCGGUUUUCGUUUUUUGUCGUGUUGAGCGACCUGUGGAGUUUCCACAUUUUCUAUUUGACUGAGUUUGUUCAUGACAGUUAAUGAAAUGUGCAACAUUCCUCACGCCCCCAGCAUAGCCUUAAGUGGAAUUAUAUUACUGUAACAGUAAAACUGAAUGUUCUCCAGGAUCCCAAAGGAUCAAACAGAAAGUAUAACAACAUCGAGUCAAAGUCAAACAUGGCUCUUUACAUAUAAAUAGAAUAUAUUCAUUUAUUGUUGCGCUUCUUAUCUCAUUCUGCAAUCCCUGGUUGAAAUAAAGAAUGAACAUUUUGUACAGAUGAGAAUCUUGAAAUUAUAGUUCAUUUUGUUUAUUUGCUAUUCUUCAAACAAAUAAAUAGAUUAGAUAUUUAUCAUGCUUUCUUCUUCGAGCGAUAGUGGUGCUUUUUGAAUUUGUUUACCGAAACUUCUUUGAUUGUUUCUUUUCUUUCAAUAUUAAGUCUAAAACGACCAGAUACGUAAUAUAUUGUGUCUGGACCGAUAGCUACGUCUGGUGCUAUACAGAUUUUCUAUUUCAGAUAGGUUUUAGGACAUUUACCGAAAGUUUAGAAUAUUAAUUUAUGUUUUAGAUACAUAUUUUUCCUUCGGUUGUUACAAAUAAAAGAAAAACAUUGAGAA